CGUGGUCCGUCACUGGUCCUGCGUGUCAACAAUGGCGGCAUCCAUGGCAUCUCAGGCUGCAUCGAGAGGACUGAGGACAACUGCAUCAAAACACAUACUUUUCGACAAACUCAAGUGCACCUGCCUAAAUCCCAAGAGAUGGCUGAAUCUACAGGAGUACCAGAGCAAGAAGCUGAUGCAGGAAAGUGGUGUGGCUGUCCAACGCUUCUAUGUGGCUGACACAGCUUCUAAGGCCCUGGAGGCUGCUAAAAAACUCAAUGCCAAGGAAAUUGUGCUGAAAGCUCAGAUUCUGGCCGGUGGCAGAGGCAAAGGUGUGUUUGACAGUGGCCUUAAAGGUGGAGUGCAUUUAACCAAGGACCCUGCGGUGGUUGGUGAGCUGGCUAAUAAGAUGCUCGGUUUCCACCUGACCACUAAACAGACACCUAAAGAUGGAGUCAAAGUAAAAACGGUGAUGGUUGCUGAAGCCCUGGACAUUAGCAGAGAGACUUACUUUGCCAUUCUAAUGGAUCGCGCCUGUAAUGGUCCUGUCAUGGUGGGAAGCCCCCAAGGAGGUAUGGAUAUCGAGGAGGUGGCUGCCAGCUCCCCAGAACUCAUCUUCAAGGAAGUCAUAGACAUAUUUGAAGGUGUGCAAGAUGAACAGGCUCUUCGCAUGGCAACUAAUUUGGGUUUCAAAGGAUCUCUGCAAAGAGAGGCAGCAGAUCAGAUUAAGAGGCUCUAUGAUCUGUUCCUGAAAGUCGACGCCACUCAAGUAGAAGUCAAUCCUCUCGGAGAGACUCCUGAAGGACAAGUGGUUUGCUUUGAUGCUAAAAUCAACUUUGACGACAAUGCUGAGUUCCGUCAGAAAGCUGUGUUUGCCAUGGAUGACAUGUCUGAGAGCGACCCCACAGAGACGGAGGCGGCCAAGUGGGACCUCAAAUAUAUUGGACUGGAUGGAAACAUUGCCUGCUUUGUGAACGGCGCUGGUUUGGCCAUGGCUACAUGUGACAUCAUUGACCUGCAUGGUGGCAAGCCAGCUAAUUUCUUGGACCUCGGCGGUGGAGUCAAAGAAAGACAGGUGUACGAGGCUUUUAAGCUGCUCACCGCAGACCCAAAGGUUGAGGCCAUCCUGGUCAACAUCUUUGGGGGCAUCGUCAACUGUGCCAUCAUUGCCAAUGGCAUCACUAAAGCCUGCCGAGAGCUGGAGCUCAAGGUACCGCUGGUUGUCAGGCUUGAAGGGACCAACGUCCAUGAAGCUAAGAAGAUUCUGACGGAGAGCGGCCUGCCCAUCACAGCAGCACAAGACCUGGACGACGCUGCCAAGAAAGCGGUCGCCGCCAUCAAGAAAUAGAAAGCUUGAAAGUGACUGACUUCACUCGUCCGCCCAUUGCUAACAGCCUUUACCAGCCUUACAUCAGCCUUUGCUUUUGCUACACAUGCAGACCCGUCUGAAGACUUUUAUACCUCAUCAUCCGUGCCAUAGUUUCAGGGUUGAUGUGUACACUUAUUCCUUUCCUUUAAUUGUCUGUUUCUUAUUCCUUUAAUCAUUUAUCUACACAUUAAUUAUUCAUUGAUUGGGGAAAAUUGCACACCCAAAAGAGUGGUAGGGUCAUUAUUUCUGAUCAUGACAUCCCAUCAGCACUCGUGAUAUCAGUCAUCGUUGGAUGGGGAACCAACUUGUGCAUUCCAAUGCAAUAUAUGUUUUAAUUCCUGCACAUUGUGUCAUUUUAAUAUAAAAUCAUGUAGAAAGAGAUUUUUGUACUUUUAAGGUACAAAACUGCUGACAGACUGCCAUUCAUAAGAUACAAACUUAUUCAGUAGCACUUUGAGAGUUUCUGCAAUAAGUAGUUGUUUCUGAUCAGUCAGUCUGUUCACUUUAAUGUCCAAAUUAGUUUCAAAGAUGUUCCUGUGUCAUGGAAUAUCCAUUCUGCAUUCGUACAUUGUGUCUUAUUCAGAAAGUGCUAUUCUCAUAUAGAGUCUGUCCUCUGCCUCAGUCUGUGCCCAUGAAAUGAAGGAUUAAGGAUUUCAUGAAGUCUUAUUUGUGCUUACAGUUAUUAUAAUUGUGAUUUUUUUUUUUUUUUUUUGGGGGGGGGGGG